AUGUCGGCCACCCAGUGGCCUGCGAUGGCAGGUAUACCUCGCAAGAGACCUUCCAAGAGGACUCUUACUGGCUGCCGCGCAACGGCCUGCACCGCUUGCACGUGGCCUUCAGGGACCUCAGCGGCACCUGGCGCAACGUCACAGAGCCUCCUCCCAGUGAUUUGCUGA